UGUGAUCACGUGACCCACGAGAUACUUGUGCUUUCUGUUCCUUACCAAAUGCCACCAACUAUUCUAGCAAACUCCGUUAAUCAAAUUAAGAACUGUAUUUCGGGAUUAUUUGAUUCCUAGUUAAGUGCUAGCUCCGAACGCUCAAACAACCAAGCUAUUAACAGUUCAUCUUUCAUAUCUAGAAUCUUGAGUAAAAAUAUAAGUUAGCAGCCUCGCUGUUACAUCUGGCCACUUGACAACUGACGUUCACUUGGUUGUGUGUCCGGAGAGGAAGGAAAUAUAACCGGGAUGAACGUGGUAUCUUCAGGCAUUUGGAAAUUGCUCCCAAGGAUGAACCAGACUUGUGGAGGUCUCAAUUUUUUUUCUGAGUUCUUGGCUGAUUUCUUUUGAUUCCCAUGAUGUCAAGCAAAGGGGCACUGAGUUUGAAGAUACAAAUGCGGCUGAAAGACCCUUUCUCUUUAAAAACCGCAGACAUGACCAAGCGGUCUAACAAGCCAAAGAAGCCUCGCGAUGAAGACUCGUCCGAUGAGGUUGGCGUGCUGACGUGCCAGCAUGUGAGCAGGGCUGUGGACCUCAGCUCGGUGAAGAAGGCAGUGACAGGCAGCUUAUGGUCUGUUUGCUCCGAAUGCCUUAAAGAGAGGAAUUUGUUUGAAGGGGAAUCGGCAGGAGCACAUGACAUUCUUGUGUGCCUCAAGUGUGGGUUCCAGGGAUGUAACCAAGCAGAAACUCAGCAUUCCACAAAACACCAGCAAGCCCAUCACUCAGACUCUCACUGUAUAACCAUCAGCCUCAGUACAUGGAAGGCCUGGUGCUUUGAAUGUAAGGAAGAGCUCUCAACUAACUGCAAUAAGAAGGCCCUGGCUCAGACUCUGGACUUCCUGCAGAAGCACUCAGCAAAGGCCUCCUCAGGAACAACUUCAAAAAUUAUCAAGCUCCGAGAGGAACCCACUGAGUAUAUGGACUCUCAGAGAGGGAAGAGUCCAGCGAACAGCACUCUUAUCCCUGUCAAGGGCAUCAGCAAUCUAGGCAACACCUGUUUCUUCAAUGCUGUAAUGCAGAAUCUCUCCCAAACACAUAUGCUGAAUGACCUGAUUCAGGAAGUCAAGGAGAAAGGUCAUAAGAUGAAGAUCUGCCCCACUGCUGAGUAUAACUUGGGGCCACUUACUGUGACGUUACCCAGCCCAGAACCCCUCACUUCAGCCAUGUUCCUGUUCCUCCAAAGCAUGAAGGAGCCUGGGAAAGGGCCUGUCUCCCCAAAGAUCCUCUUCAACCAGCUCUGUCAGAAGGCCCCUCGCUUUAAGGGUUACCAGCAGCAGGACAGUCAAGAAUUGCUGCACUACCUCCUGGACUCUAUGAGAGUGGAGGAGACAAAACGGAUUAAAGCAGGCAUCCUCAAAGCCUUUAACAACCCCACUGAGAAGACAGCAGAUGACGAGACAAAACGACAAGUGAAGGCUUAUGGAAAGGAGGGUGUGAAAAUGAAUUUUGUUGAUCGCAUUUUUGUCGGUGAGCUUACCAGCACCAUAAUGUGCGAAGAGUGUGAACAUAUCUCUACAGUGACGGAAGCAUUCAUUGACAUCUCCCUUCCCAUCAUAGAGGAAAGGAUCUCUAAGCCCACAAACCCUGGUAGACUAGGGAAGAGUGGGCGGGAGCAAGAUGCUCUGGUCCCCCACAGCGAAGAUUCAUCAGGUGCCCACUCACAGGCCAGUAGAAACAGGAGACUGAGUGGACAGAAGGUGCAGAGUCGGCAUUCGUCCACUUCUCAUGAUGACAGGGGAGCAGACUCUGUCUCUAGCCGACAAGAUGAGGAGCUCUGUGUGGCUGGGCGUGGCCUGGCCAGUUCCCGGGCCGACACAAUGGGCAGCCAAUCAGACAGCAGCGAGAAGGAUUCCAACCUGCAGGACAGCAGUAACGAUGCGGAUAGCGAGGCCUCAGAGAGUGAAUGGUCUCCUCGAAUCCCAUCCAGUCACAGUAGCACCUCAGAUAAUGUCUUAACUGCCAUGGCUACACCCACUACGGCACACCAUCCUAAGCCUAGCCUGAACCCAAGCUCAAGCCCCACUCCUAUGCCCUCCCCUCGACCUCAACAGGGCGGAGCUGUAGAGCAUCUUGUCAGUGCUGUGUCCAAGCUGGGCCUGGUUCACACUUCCACUGACACUCUACCCAACAGCCAUAGACCAGAUGAACAGACUGAGAUCCGGGAAAGAGAGAGAGAUCGGCAGAACCACCAAGGGGCCUUCCAGGCUCUUUGUCACAGCUACACACCCAGCUCUAAAGAGUGCUCUGUGCAGUCCUGCCUGCACCAGUUCACCUCUGUCGAGCUGCUCAUGGGUAACAACAAACUCCUUUGUGAGAAUUGCACUGACAGGAGGCAGAGACAGAUGAAGAGGAGCAGUGGUGCAGAGAAGAAGGCUGAGAAAAUGUACACCAGCGCCCGGAAACAGAUGCUUAUCUCUGCACUACCUCCAGUGGUCACUCUCCACCUUAAACGCUUUCAUCAGGCCGGGAUGAAUCUGAGGAAAGUUAAUAGACAUGUGGACUUUCCUCUUAUUCUGGACUUGGCACCUUUCUGCUCUGCCACUUGCAAGAACCUUGGGUCAGGAGAGCGCGUGCUUUACAGCUUGUAUGGCAUUGUGGAACAUAGCGGAUCGAUGCGAGGGGGGCACUACGCAGCCUACGUAAAGGUCCGCUCCCCCCAGCGCAAAUCUGGACAGCGUCGGAACCAGUCAGAAAAAAAAAGUAAUAUGGGUUUGGAACGACACGAGGGUUCCAGAGAGGCCAGUUCAGCUCCACAAUGGCAGUGGGUGUAUGUUAGCGACACCAACGUACAGACUGUACCAGAGUCCAGAGUGCUUAACUCUCAAGCUUAUUUACUAUUCUAUGAAGAGGUGCUUUAGAGCCAGAUAGCUGCGUGAAUGUGUAACGAUCCAGAUGAAUGCUGGUGACAGGCAAUAUCAGCUUGGACAACACCGGGCACUUACUGCAUGCCUACAUCAAUGUAUUUUAAUGUAAGAAGGAUUGCAUAUACUAAAUACAAGCUGGCCAUUAAGCUCUAAAUCUGUUGGUUUAUUCAUUAUUCAAAGACGAUCUGAAUUGAGAUUGGUAAAGGGGAGAGAUUAUUAUUGAUGUAAAAUAAUAUACUGAAAUUAUUUAUAUUUUACAGCUAAUGAAUGACCAUAACAUAUAUAUUUUUUGGUUUGUUUGUUAAAUGGAAAUGUUGGAAAAAUGGCCAAAGAUUCAAAAUGUGUAGAAUAUAUAAUAUGAGAGGGACAUAGGAAAAAUGAGCAUUGUGCCAAAAUCAUCUAUUGUCUCAAACCUCUGAUAUGAAAGGGAACCUCUGCACAACAUGCAGCUGUCUGCUGUCACACACAUACACUCACCGGCCACUUUAUUAGAUACACCUGUACAUCUACUUAUUCAUGUGAUUAUCUAAUCAGCCAAUCAUGUGGCAGCAGUGUAAUGUAUCAAAUCAGCCAGUUUCGGGUCAGGAGCUUCAUUUAAUGUUCACAUCAACCGUCAGAAUGGGGAAAAAAUGUGAUCUCGUAAAACAACCAAUGAGUGGCAGUUCUGUGGAUGAAAAUGCCUUGUUGAUGUGAGAGGUUGCCUCAGAAUGGCCAGACUGGUUUGAGCUGACAGAAAGGUUAUGGUAACUCAGAUAACCUCUCUGUACAAUUGUAGUGAGCAGAAUAGCAUCUCAGAAUGCACAGCAUGUCGAACCUUGAGGCGGAUGGGUUACAACAACUGAAGACCACGUUGGGUUCCACUUCUGUCAGCCAACAACAGAAAACUGAGGCUGCAGUAGGCCUACCAUUUGUGUACCUCAGCAGAAAUCCAGAUUUGUCAGACCAGGCAAUGUUUUUCCAAUCGUCUACUGUCCAGUUUUGGUGAGCCUGUGCCCACUGCAGCCUCCUGUUCUGUUUCCUGUUGUUAGCUGACAGUAGGGGUACCUGGAGGGGUCUUCUUCUGCUGCUGUAGCCCAUAUCACCUUCCUGUCAACUUGGACUAGACUGGCCAUUCUUCUCUGACCUCUGUCAUUAACAGUCCAUUUUCGCCCACAGAACUGCCGCUUGCUGGAUGUUUUUCGCACCAUUCUCUUUACACUCUAGAGACUGUUAUGUGUGAAAAUCCCAGGAGAUCAGCAGUUACAGAAAUACUCAAACCAGCCCAUCUGGUACCAACAAUCAUGCCACGGGCAGAAUCACUGAGAUCACAUUUUUCCCCAUUCUGAUGGUUUAUGUGAACAUUAACCGAAGCUCCUGACCCAUAUCUGCAUGAUUUUAUACAUUACACUGCUGCCACACAAUUGACUGAUUAGAUAAUCGCAUGAAUAUGCAGGUGUACAGGUGUGCCUGAUAAAGUGGCUGGUGAGUGUUUAUACGCACAAGCACAUAAACGCAUUGUGAUUUGCUUAGAAAGAAACAAUACUACAUUCACAAGGUUGCUUGGUUACCAUAUAAAUUGUAAUGUAUUGGGGGAGGGGGGUUGCAUUUGCACAUUUUGCUUUGGUUUACAAGAUUUAGACACGUAUCAAUUAUAGCUUUCAUAGAGUUUUUUAAUGAAUCAAGACAUUGACAGUUAUUUGAUUGGAUUGACUGCAGUGGGCAUAAAAUUGUAUAAACUUAGAUUUUGUUAAUUUAUUUCUUGUAAAACAUAUUUCACAAUAUCUCAGUCUAAUAGUUAAGGAGUUGGUGCAAUAUUCUUGGACUUUGUAAACAAAAUUUGCCUUUUUUUUUUUCUUUUUUUUUUUUCCAGAAUUGAAUUUGAAUUGAAAUCUAAUAUUUUUUCAUUCAUGACUUUUCAACUACUACAGUGCCUACAUUUAAUGAGGGCUGAAAUUGUAUGUGCAUGCCUUUAAGUAUUAAUAUCACAGAUCAUAUUGCAGUGUAAGGAGAAUGGUAUGUGUGUGUAUAUACUAAUUUGCUAGCCUAUAUACAUAUAUGUACAUCUUAUAAAGAAAUGUAUCUUGUUCUGUACUGUUUAUUCUGUGUGCCCAGCAGAUAUUGUAACACCAUCGGUUUGUAUGGUGUCUAAGACUGCAGGGUUCUUCAAGCUUUUCUUUUGCUUGAAUUUUGUGAACAUAAUCAAAUAUAAAUCUGAGUCUUUUAAGAUGAUAAUUUAAAUACAUUUAGAUGAAGAAAACCUUUGAGCAUUGUAUUUGAGUGGAUUUUUAAUUACUCGAUUGCAUACAUGGCUCUAAAUUGCUUUUGGGUCUUGCAUGUCUUAUUUCUUUCUUCUUGAGACUCGUCUGCCAUUAGCCUCUGCCGUCGCCACAAAUCUCAGGAUGCCAUUUUCACUCAGUCCACAGCUGCUAUUAGCUGUGACUGGUGCAAAGGCUUGCUGUUUUAGAACAUGUCACUGACUGGUGAAGAAGAGGUGGGUGUGGAAUCAAGAAAAGGGCAAUGUCUGAAACAAUCUGGUCCUUCUGCCUUAUCCCUCUCCUUGUUUCAUGACAUUUAAAUCAAGCUGUUAGACCGUUAUCAGUUAUCACCAAGUGUAAAGACACCAGCAAGAAUGUGCAAUGUUUGUAAAGAGAGUGUCUAUUUUUUAAAAAGCAGUGCUCUGGUUCAGGGACAUUGUGUUUGCAGAUCAGAUGUGAUUUAAUCUUAAUGAUAGGAUGUGUUCCCAGUCUUAUGUAUUGAGCUUGUGUUUUAUGUUGAAAAUGCCAGCGAAAUUAUUUGGAAUUUCUGGUUUAUUCAAAUCUUGGGUUCUUUGAAUACCACACAUUUGUGGUUUAUUUUUUCAUUUCAGAAUCUUUAGUUGCAAUGUGGUUUUGAAUUGCUAACUGCGACAUCAUCACAAUGUAUGCUAGCCUGUAUCAAUACCACUCAGCUCUCUUUUCUUUGAGACUAAAUUAAGAAUUCAAAAACUGUAAUUAAAACACUGUAAUUUUU